AUGGCGGACCGCGGGGGCUACGUGCAGGUGCAGCACGGGCAGUACGGCGGCGGGCACCACGGCGGGCAGCAGCAGCACGGGCGCCAGAUGGGGGAGCAGAUGAAGGGCAUGCUCCAGGAGAAGGCGCCGUCGGCGUCGCAGGCGCUGACGGUGGCGACGCUGUUCCCGCUGGGCGGGCUGCUGCUGGUGCUGUCGGGGCUGGCGCUGGCGGGCACCGUGGUGGGGCUGGCCGUGGCCACGCCCGUGUUCCUGCUCUUCAGCCCCGUGCUGGUCCCGGCCGCGCUCACCAUCGGCCUGGCCGUCACCGGGUUCCUCACCUCCGGCGCGCUGGGGCUGGGCGGCCUCUCCUCGCUCACCGUGUUGGCUAACACGGCCCGCCAGGCGUUCCAGCGCACCCCGGACUACGUGGAGGAGGCGCGCCAGCGCAUGGCCGACGCCGCCGCGGCCGCGGGGCACAAGACGCAGCAGGCCGGCCACGCCAUCCAGAGCCGCGCGGAGGAGGCGCGCGCCGGAGGAGGCGGCCACACCGGCGCCACCGGCGGAGCGGGCGCCGGCACCGGCACCAGGGCGUCGUCGUAAGCUGGAGCUAGCAGGCCGAUGCCAGUCGGCCGCGCCGCGCAGCAGGGCGCGCGCGCGUCGUCUGCUACCUGCUCUAUGUAUGCUAGUGCCUUCGUACGUGUCUACACGAGCGAGUGUGUGUGUUCGUGCGUGUCAGUGUGUGUGUGAUGUUUCUACUGUUUUAGUACUGCUCGUGUUCGUCCGAUCGAUCGGUUUAGUACCGAGUUGUGAAUAAGAAAAGGCCCGGGCCGCUUCGUCUGUC